AUGACAGACCCACUAUUUAGAUUCACCGGGGACAGCAUCAUCCCACGAGGGUGGAUCACUCUGCCUAUCGAGAUGGGUUCGGCACCCUUAGUGGCCCAACACUUCAUGAAAUUUUUGGUGAUAGAUCACAGAUCGGCUUAUCAUGGAGCAUUGGGCAGACCCGUUUUGAAAGAUCUUUGGGCUAUCACGUCCAUCCACUAUUUGUGCAUGAAAUUUCCAACCAAACAUAGGAUUGCUACGGUCCGAGGCGAUCAGAUGGGCUCCAGGGCAUGCUACUUAAGCUCGCUGCAAAAGUCCGAGGCCCGAACUGUUAAUGUAAUCCUAACUGAGGUACCCGCUGAAAUCAGUACGGACGUGGAAAUGCUCAACGCCCCUAAACAAGGACAUACCUCUGAACAAGAGGGAGACGUCGACAUGGAAGAGAAACAUGAAGAUAUGGUGGGAAUAAAUCCUAGGAUCAGUUGUCAUCACCUUAAUAUCAAUCCCUCAUAUGCCCUCCAUAGACAGAAGAGGCGUGCCCACAAUCCGGAAAGGUACGAGGCACUGAAAGACGAAGUAAACAAACUUAGCCACAGUGGUUUGAUAAGAGAGGCCAUCUACCCAAGAAAGAAAUUCCAAUGGACUUCAGAGUGUGAAGAAGCCUUCGAGGCUCUGAAAAAGUACCUUGGGGAGACGCCCCUCUUGUCGAAACCUCAACCGAAUGAGUCUCUACUGCUUACUUGUGGUUUCGAAAGUGGCGGUCAGCGCCGUCCUAAUCAAAGAAGAAAGUGA